UUUGGAAUCGGAAGUUCUUUUAGCUUGCCGUCGUCGUCGACGUUGUCGUCUUCGUGACCGAGUUAAAUCGUCGUGCGGGUGUUUGGCCUCUCAUUCGAAACGCAUGUUGAGCUGCUCUUUGGGCAGCAGAUACCUAUGGAAGAAACAUCAUGUGGCUUGUGCCUGUCAUCCCCGUGGCACAACUUCAACAAGAACAACAUAAUCAGCGACUACAAAAACAGCAACAGCAGCAACAACAACAGCGAAUACAACGCGUUGUGUUGUGUCUGAAAACCUAACAUAAAAUAAAAUAAAAUAAUAAUCUGCCGCUAACAAAAUAAACCGCUAAUCGCUCGCUCGAUCGCCUUCAUCUAUAAUAAGCAAAAAUAAAUAUAUCGCUUUGUGUUAUGUUUGUGUGUUUUUUAUUUGUUGUUUGUAAUACCACCCAACCACCACCUGUCCGCCGCUAACGAUCAUGCAUAGACCAAAGCUAGCGAAUCCUAUAACUGCUGCCGGUAUUGCCUCAUCCAUAUCAUACAACAACAACAACAACAACUACAGCAGCAACAACAGCAAUAAAUCAAAACGCGCACGUCAAUUCAGCAAGCCAACUGCAGCAGCAACUAACGAAUCUACGUUGAAUUCGUCAUCGCAACUCUACGAAAAUCAUUCGCACUCCUCACUAAUUGACGCUUCAAUUGAUUUAGAAGAUUACAUCAGCGCCAUGGAGGCACGACGCAACGAAAACGAGCCAGAUGUGUGGGCUCAAUUGCAGCAGAAGGAAUCGGAUAUAUUACUAGCAGCUGAGCUUGGCAAAGCGUUGCUGGAAAAGAACGAGGAGCUCGUCAAGCAACAGGAGAAACUCAUCGAGGAUUACUCUGGCAAAAUUGAGAAACUCGAACAGGAGAAGCAUGUGCUGCGCCAGAAACUGGCCAUAGCGGAAGAUGAGAGCGAUCAGCGUGUCCUCGAACUGCAGUCCGAUCUCAAUGAGCUCAAGGACAAGCUGCAGACACAGGAUGUGGCCAUCAGGCAGGCGGAAAAGGAGAAGACCAUACUGAUUGAUGAGCUGCAGCAUCAAAAUACACGCCUCACCGAACAGAUACAGGAGGCGCAUGCCACCGAAAUGAAACUAAGCGCACAGAUCCAGGAGCUGAAGGACCAAUAUCACUACAGAAACAGCAGCCUACAGGAGCAUGUCAACAGCCUGGAGUCCAUCAAAACCGAACUAAACCUCACCACAGGCAAGCGCCAUGAGCUGGAGCGUCGCCUGCAGCACGCCCAGGAGGAGAAGGAGAACCUCACCUCAUCGCUGGACGAGGCAUCGGACAGAAUUCAUAUGCUGGAGCGCCAUGCACGCGAGCAGGAAACAAAAUUAGAGACCACCUUACAAGCAUUGGAGCGCUCUCAGCGUGAGAAUAAUGUGCUUAGCGAGAGAUUGGGAGCGGACUCCAACUCCAAUACGCCCGGCAAGAAGAGUCUGCAAUUUGAGAUGGAGUGCGAUGAGGACGAGGCCAGUUUCACGGAAUCCGGCAAGCCCAGUCAAAUGUGGGUAGAGGCACGCUCCGUUUACAUACAGCUGAAAUCCCUGGUGGAUUCGCUUAAAGUGGGUCACGAUGAUGACUCAGGUCUCAAUUCGGACAUAUCGUUGGAUCUGGAGUCCAUGGAUAAUACGAUAUCGAGCAACAAUGAUAGCGGCCAUGUGGCCAUCGAAUUCCGGCAGGGCAUGCUAUCGGCCAUGUCAGAUGAGCUGACGCGAUUGCUGCUCAAUUUGGAUGCGGGAAAUUUCAAGAAGAUGCUGGACCAAACGCGCAAUCUUGUGCUCGAGCAGGAGGAUGAGAUCAAGCGCAGCCAUCAGCUGAUACAGCAGCUGGAGGCCAAGGUCACCGUGACCGAUGUGGAGCUUCAGAACGUGAAAGAGGAGCGUGAUCAGGCCCGUGGCGAUCUGGUCGACAACACUGAUCGCGAUGAGCUACUGACAAAGGCGCAAAGAGAACGCGAUGCGGCCAAUGAGCGUCGCACCAAGGCCGAAGUGGAGUUGGCCAAAACGCGGGUCGAACUAAUGCAGGCCAACAGCCAGCUGCUUGAGUCCAUUCAGCAGAAGGUGGAGCUCUCGCAGCAGCUCGAACAGUGGCAAAUGGACAUGCAGGAGCUGAUCGAUGAACAGAUGCGAUCCAAACUGAUCAAUAAUCGUCGCAGCGUUGCCGCCGAUGCAACAACAACAUCCUCGGGAUCCAGCAGUGCCGCCAGCAAUCUGGCCAAGCGUGUCUCCAGCUACAAAUUCUGGAGUUUAUUUCAGCGAUAAUUGGAGACAUCUGAGCACUCGCUGGAAGAUAUACGCAACUCUUAUAUUCUUAAUGUAGUUAACCGAUGUGUGGAGCAGCAGCAGUUAAUAAUAAUAAUAAUAAUAAAAAUGAGCUAUAUAUUUUUAAUAUUUAUACACAAAACAAACAAACAAACACACACAAACAAAAAGAGAGCCUAUAUGUAUAUGUAUUUGUACUUAAAAUGUUGUAAUUUGUAUGUACUAUAUAACUAUAUUAUUGAGAUGAUGCGACCUUCUUUGGUUUUGUAGUGAAAUCUUUUGAAUUACGCUUUAUUAAUCUUAAAUGUAUUAUUGUAAUUGUACUCUCGUACCUAUGUUUAAACAACAAAAAUAUUUUUCUGUACACAAACAAAUUUUAAGCGCUUGCUCUCUCACUCUUCCUCUCCCUCUCACUAUCUAUCUUAUCUCUCUCCUAUUUAGUUAAUCUUGUAAUUUUGUUUAAGAUGUAACCGAAAAUCAAAAAUGCAAACAAACAAAAAUUAUGCAAAAAAAAAUAAAAAUUAAAAAACAUAUCGCCCAAUUGGUUGAGCGUCCGGCAGUUGGCUUUAAAAGCCUUGUCUGGUUCUAAACAAAAAAUCUUUGUUUGUAAUAACUGAAAUCAAAAUGUUAUAAUCGUAUAUCUAACCUAUUAUUGUACUUAAGCAUCUAUUUAACUGUAAGCAAAGCAUUUAUGUUAAAAGAGUAUAUAUAUGUAUGUAUAGAUGUAUACAUAUUUACAUAUAUAUGAAAUGUACGAGGCAGACAGAACGGAAUUGUACGCUGCGACUGCGCGUCAGACAACUUGCCUUAAAUACGGACAAUGAAACGGAAAGUUUAACAUUUUAGAUUGUUUAACUACAUAACUUACCAAUAAAUCUAUACAAAAUAAAACACAAA